AGCUUUAAAAUAUUCCUUAAAAAAACUCAGCAACCCAACUCUAUUUUUUAGGAAGCACCUCCAUGAGACCCCACCCUAGUCUGCGCUGGUUAAGCCCAGCUUAUUUCACCAUCUUAAUCUGUUUGUGGUUCAUUGUUCCCCAAGGUUUUUCCUGUUUAAAAUCCUUCUGUUUCCUCAGUUAUCUGCUCUUUGACUUGCCAAUUCCUUUAGCUAGUCUGUAGGUAUCUGGCCUCUGAGGUUUUGAUUGGUUGGAUUCGGUUAUGGAGCAAGUGUUUCCAAGAUACCACGUUUUUAUAAAUCACAGAGGACCUGAUGUCAAGAAAACACUGGGCAGCCUCAUCUACCGCGCUCUUAAGAGGAUUGGCCUAAGAGUGUUUCUUGAUGAGCAGGAACUGCAAACGGGAAAUUAUUUAACCCCUGCAAUAAAAACUGCCAUUAGUAAUUGCACCGUACACGUUUCUAUUUCUCUGAAACAUAUGCGGAAACUUCGUGGUGCUUGAAUGAGCUUUUGUGGAUGUUGGAUUGUCAUGGCGGCAAGCUUAUCCCAAUCUUCUAUGGCAUCCAACCUUCUGACCUGCGGUAUAUUCAAAAGGGAGCAUAUGCUGAAGCCCUCGACAAUCAUAAAAACAAGGGCAGGGUUGAGUAUUCACUGGUGGAGAGAUGGAUGAGUGCUCUAACCAAAGUAUCAGAUGUUUCUGGUCUGGUGUUCAGCAAGGUCAAAGAUGACCUUGGGGAGUUUUUAGAUAGAAUUGUGGACACUGUAUUGAAAGAGGUGACGGUGGAAGCACUUGAUGUUGCUAUACACCCUGUGGGACUCCAUCAAGCUGCAGAGCACUUCCAGAACAAGGUUUUGAAUCAAACUACAACGAAUGAUAUCGUUAUUGUGGGGAUUGUGGGACUUGGUGGAUCGGGGAAGUCAACUCUAGUUACUCAUCUUUACAAUACAAAGCGUUCCCAAUUCAGUAGAUGCUGUUAAUUGUCUGAUGCGAGUAAGAAGAAUUUACCAUCUUUACAGAAAAGAUUGCUUACUGAUCUGUUGGGGUUUCAGCCGUAUAUGCAUAUUGAGAAUACGAGUCGAGGGAGGAGCUUGCUUAGAGAUCGUCUUCGAGGGUUCAAAGUUCUGAUUGUUUUAGAUGAGGUAGACAAUACAGAGCAAAUAGAGAAUCUCUUAUUAGUAGUGAAGGAUGUCCUUGGAAAUGGAAGUCUGAUUCUUGUCACCUCUCGUGACAGAGAUUUACUUGCACGCUCUCAAAUUAAAGUACUGUAUGAUGUCCAACUGUUAGAUAUAAAAGAUGCCCAUGAGUUAUUUUGCUGGCAUGUUUUCCAUGAGCCCAAGUCGCCCCCAGAUUUGCAAGACAUUGUAGAGGAGUUGGCCAAGAUGUGUGGUGGCUUUCCGUUGGCUUUGAAAGUUUUAGGUGGGCAGAUCUCUAGUAAUGGUGAUCGAAGCUACUGGAUGAGGCAAUUGGAAAAUUUUCGCCAACAAUUGCCUGAUAACAUUUUAGACAGGGUACUCAAAGUUACCUAUGAUUCUCUCAAGAACAAAGAGAAAGAGGCGUUUUUAGACAUUGCCCAUUUCUUAGUAGGAGAAGACAGAGAUCUGGCUGUGCGGGUUUUGGAUGGAUUGGACCAGAGUGGCUUCGACUGCCUUGAGGUUCUCCAUCAUAAAGGCCUUGUGCAAUUUGAAAAUGCAGACGUCGACUUCGACAUUAACAUCCAACACCGAAUGUAUCUGCUGCCUUUCCUCGAGCGAACUGAUCGAAAAUCUAUGCUAGAGUAUUUGUUCAUGCAAAACUUAUAUUCGUGAGCCUUUCUACAUAGAAUGCUGGAGGAGACCAAAGGGUAGCUUGAGAAUAAGAAUGAACGAUUUAGUUAGGGAAUUGGCAAUACAAAUCGGCAGACAAGAAUUUCCCCUUCGCCUUUGCUGCUCAAACAAUAAAAUGAUCUCUGCACAGGGACUAUGCCGUAUGCACUCUUCAUGCAAUCACUCUGUACGAGGAAUUCGUGGCAAUGAAGAUCACAAGAAGCUUCAACUGCCCGUCUUCUUAGAUAGUCAAGAUAUAUGUGGAUUAAAACUUGUAGCUCUUCAAGAUUCAGGAAUUCUACAUCAAUUUAAUAGUGUAACUGGAGAUUUGAUAUGGCUUCCCCUGGGUAAAUUUAACUGCAGCGACUUUAAUUGCAGAGAACUUUCACUAAGAAAUUUAAGAGUGUCGGAACUUACUGGUGUUAAUUUUGAAGGCUUACACGGAUUAUCUGAUGAUUUUGAGGAUCCUUCUCAGUUACGGGAACUGACAGUUAGCUGCACAGAAAUCUCGGACACCAUAAUCUUCCGUAGAAGUGCUCCUCUUGCAGUUACAAGCUAUCACCCUUCAAACAGCGGGUUCAAUAAAGUAUUGCUACACUCAGACUUAUCUGAAAAGCGGGUACGAAAUUUGAAGUUGCAAAUUAAACCAAAUAAACAGUUAGCAAGCUUAGACUCAUUUAAAGAGCAUGUGGAAAAGCUAAACGUGAAAAACAAGUCAUCUUCAGAUCCAGGCCUAAAUAGUUUUCAAGAAUGGUUAGGAAAGCUGAAAAAUUUAGGAAAGCUAGCUUUGAAAAAUAUCAAGGGUUUGGUAUCACUGCCCAUUAAAUUUGAGGAAGCAGGAACUCUGAGACAUGUAGAUCUAUCUGGCUGCAGUGAUCUGGAAGUUUUGCCACAUUCUUUUACUGAAUUGUUGCAACUUCAAUAUUUAGCUUUAAGAGACUGCUGGAGCCUUGUUAUCACAGAUUUGGGUAAAAUCUCCACUCUUGAGUACCUGGAUCUUCAAGGCUGCUUUUCGUUCAAGGAUUUGCCUCGAGGAACCACAGUUCAAAAAUCUCUAAGGUAUUUAAAUUUACUUCAUACCAGUCUCCAACAAUUGCCUGAGCAUAUAGAUCAACUAGAAAAUCUUGAACAGCUAUAUAUAGGGAGCCAACUGAUAACAUGUUUACCACAAUCUCCUAAUCAUCUGAGCCGGCUAACAGAUUUGACUCUAUUCUAAAGCUUCAAUCUCUAUGAUGUGAGCAAAUCUGUUGAAUUGUUGGGGCAUGUGGAAAUAUUACGGAUAUAGGACUCCGAAGUUAGGGCGUUACCAGAGGAAAUUACAUGGAUGAAUAUUAAGAUUUUGGACAUACGGUGUUGUCCAAACAUUGAAGGUUUUCAGAUGGAAGUGGACUUGCCUUUCGAAAACUUACAGGUCCAGGGUCAGACAAGUGAAGAUCAUGGCACUAAUGCUGUUGAUCCGUUGGCAAUCAGAGCUACUCAACCUAAUCGUGUAAGCUGUCUAACAAGUUUGAUGUUUGGGAUUUCUGACAUUUAACAAAGGUUUGUAACCCCCGUUCGUUCGGGAUUCGUGCAGACGCUUCCUUCCAAUAUAUCAUCUAUCUUCUGUGGAGCAACACUCAAUAAGGAGGAUGUUGAUAAAAUGGACGCAGAUGCACACAGCUUUCAAAAUGUUACAGUAAUGGACAUCCCCCAACUCCCACUAGAGUCGGGAAUACGAUUUUCUGUGGAGUUAGAAAACGAGAGCUUACAAGGCGCAAUUUUGAUAUGUUUAAUAGCAGACAACAGUUGCAGUUUUGAAGUAACAUUUCUUGGACAUGCUUUCAGAACCUCCCGUAUUUUUUGUCACAGUACCACAUGCAUAUGGAGUGCACAUGUUGAUGUGGACAAAAGAUUCAACAGUCUUCAAAGAUUUAAAAAUCUGCAGUGGCAUGACAAUAGAUUGCAAGAUCAAGCUACUCAAUUCAUCCUGGCAGGAAGAUUUGUCAUUAAGGAAAACAUCUGCCGGACUGAAGAGGGGUUGGGUGGUGAUCGCAAAAAAUUUAGACCUCUGUAAACAAUUUUUAAGCUUUCUUUUCUGUGGACAUGACGGCCAGGAUCAGAAGUUUUAGUGGGCUGGAUAUUGGAAAGAGAUUUAGUAUUCAUUUCGUCAAAUUCAUCUGGCAUUUCAGUGUUAUUUUUUACAAUGUCAUAGUUUUGCAUUCAGCAAGAUUUGAUCUUAAUAGGGUCAUUUAGCACCAUUCAACUUCAACAAUAGAUCAAAGACCCAUUAACAUUUUAUUCUUUUGAUUAACCUAAAUUAAGAUUUUGAAAAGAUUUGAAAUCUUUUUACAAAAGAUAAAAAUAUAUAGACAUUAAAUACAGUCACAUCUAUUAAGGGCCACAUCUAUGACUAUUGAAUUAUUCACCAAAUAUAACUUCAGGGCAUGAAAACAAUUAAAUGGAUAAUAUAAUAUGUAAAGACAGAUACAUGAGCAUGUGCAAUAAAUGCUUGAUACCUAAAGAGGAUAUCAAUACAUAUGGAUAAGGUGUAGAUAAAUGAAUGAGAAUUGUGUAUGUAUUAGGAUAAGCAAAUGUCAGUUUGGUACAAAACUAUGACAUUUGUUAGAGUGUAGAUGAGUUAAGACGAUCUUUCAAAGUAGUCAAAAACUAAAAAGUAAUUGGUACAAUAUGCAAAUUUCAUUGUUAUAUUUUGUCCAACAUUAAGGUGUAUAUGAAUACUAGAUUGAUCAUGUAUUUCAGAAUAUGUAGCACUUGCAAACAUGUGCCAAAAGAAAACAUUUGAACGUAUAUAUGAAUACCAUUAGACUUUGUACAACUAAUAGACUGUUAAAUGUUAUUAUGUAAGUUUAAGACUGUUAAAUGUUAUUAUGUAAGUUUAACUUUGAACAUGCUAAAUUCUUAUGAAUUGAAAAAAAUAUAUAAAAAUAUGUAGCAAAUGUAUAAAAAUUUAAUCCGACGUUGAUGUAAGUUAAACAAAGAAUUAUAUUUAUAAGAAUGCUCUAUCUCAAUAAUUCAAUAAGUAGUUAAUGCCCUCUGUUUCUUGUCAGCUCCCACAGACUUGCAAUAAAUUUAAUUUUCGUGCGCUGUCCAUUAUCCCUAAA